AUGACGUCCGAACACUUAGGAGUUGUUGACGCGCUUCCAUACUUCGAUAAAGGAUAUGAUGAUCCUGGAAUAAGAGAAGCUGCAGCUCUUCUAGUCGAAGAGGAGAUGAAACGAUACAGGCCGACAAAAAACUAUUUGGAACAUCUUCCCUCUUUAUGUGGACCGAUUCAAAUGAAGUUCGAAACUGAGGUGAUGAAAGCUGAGUUUGACAGGCUCUCCAACCGUCUACCAAUGGAAAUGUUAAGUAUGAAACGUUACGAGUUGCCGCCGCCGCCUGCUGGAAAAAUGACCGACGUGAAAGCUUGGCAAGACGCAAUGGAGAAUGCUGAAGCACAGUUAGAACAUCAAGCAACAAGAAUUGAAAAUCUCGAAUUAAUGGCCGAAUAUGGAUGCAAUGCUUGGAAACAGUACAACAAUGUUUUAGAAAACUCUCUGCAAAUUUACGAGAAAGAGCUCUUGGAAAUAAGGCGAAAAAUUCAGGAGAUAAAUUGGCGUCGAAAACAGGAGCAAACGGCUGCUGGUAAACACCUCAAAGAAUUAGAAGAGACUUGGGUUAGCUUGGUUGGCAAGAAUUAUGAAAUUGAACAGGCAAUAUUGGAACUAGAGGAAGCAUUGGGUGUAUCGCCAGAGGAUAUGAAUAGUGAAGAUCAGUAAAAUUGUGUGUGAUUAUACAUAGCCAUAAAUAAAAGAUAUCUCAGUAUUCUAAUUGAUCGUUUUGGUAACGCACAUGAUCUAUCAAAUCUUUUUAUUUAUUUAUUAUUUUAUUCGUUUACGUUCCCAGUGGAACAUAGGGCUUCAAGCCUUGAAGUUAU